AUGUGUCCGGUGCUUGUUUCUAGUGCAGGCAUCUCCUUGAUACUCAUACUCGAUGAUGAGAACCAGCUUGUACUCACCAAACGUGAGAUACUGCAGAAUCUGCAAACCAUCGUUAUGAUCAGAGUGCCCAUGCACGAGGUUGCAUGCAACUCGAUAGAUGUUCUUUCUACCGAAAACUGCAAGCUCUGGUUAAGCCUUCACCAUCAGCUGUCAAAGAAUGGGAACAAUGACUCAUGUCUGCAAAUCAUCGACAACGUGCUCUUCAUUGUCUGUCUCGACGAUGUGACACUGGAGAACCUCGCUGAGCUGUGCAACAACUUCCUGUGUGGCAUAUACAACCUGAAGAAUGGGGUUCAGGUUGGGACGUGUACAAAUCAGUGGUGUAACAAGCUGCGAAUCAUCAUGUGUGCAGAUGGCUAUGCUGGGACCAACUUUGAACACACUGGCAUUGAUGGCCAUACCAUCCUUCGUCGUACAAGUACUGGUGGGCCCACCGUCGCUCCGCAGCUCAGAUACGUCAUCGACACCAUUCCAAAGAAGCUCGAAUGGGCACUCUAUCCUGAGCUGCACCCUGCUAUUAGGUUCACAGAAAACCAUCUGAGUGACCUGAUCUGCCAGAACGACUGCCAGGCAUUGAAGUUCAAGGGAUAUGGAAAGAACUUCAUCGUGAGCCAUGGGAUCAGCCUGGAUGUGUUUGUGUGGAUGGCAUUCCAGGCAGCGUACUACAGGUUGUAUGGCUGCAUCGAGUGCACAUAUGAGCGUGCAAUGAUGAAGCACUUCCUACACAGCCAUACCAAGGCAAUCCGCACUGUCCAAUCACACUCGGUCAACUUCAUCAAGACAUUCUUCUCCGAGCACGAGGUGAUCCGUGAGGAGGAUGAGGCACCCUCAUUGCCCAGUGGGAGCAUGAGCUCGUUGACAAGCACUGGGAGUGAGCGGCCAGCGCUGCCGUCGAUUUUCACUAAUCCGGGCUGGAGCACGCUGGUCAUGUCGAUCCUGUCAACAUCAAACUGUGGAAACCCGGCGCUGCAGCUGUUUGGGUUCAGGCCCAUCGCAGCGGAGGGAUAUGGCAUCGGGUACCUCAUCAAGAAUGAGGGCAUCUCAAUCUGUGCAUUGUCGAGGCACCUGCAGAUGCGGCAGUUCUUGGACAUGCUGGAGAGGUACCUGCUGGAAGUGCAGCAGAUGCUGAUCCAGUUGCACCUGAGCAUGAACCCAAGGCCAGAGCCGUUUGUGGACCAUGUGGGUGUCCUGCAUGACUCAAAGAUGGGACAGCCGAUGAAGGGGCAAGUGACCGGGUACGAGAAGUAUGACGAUGGGAACAUCAUGCGUACAUUUGUUCUUUCUUCUAGAUGUGGCGUGCGGGUGGCUGACGGAAUGUCGCUACCAGCUGGCUAUCCAUUCUUCGACAGUGUGGAUGUCGAGCUGCUUGGACGGAGAAAGCAGAUGCCAAAGUAUUACAAUACAGGAAGGAUCAUUCCUCUCGCUGAAUAUUAG